AUGAAUAUUUUUGUAGAUCUUGAAGAUGAUUAUAAUAUCAUUGGGCAGACAAGUUUCAGAAAUCAAGCCAAGAUGAAUGAAAAUAAUAUGAAGAAGAAAUAUAAAAUAAAAUAAGAGCUCGAUAAAGUCUAUGUUUCACAACAAAUUGAAACAGGAUGAGAAUUUAGUGAAAUAUCUGAACACCAAGCAUAUUUAACACAAAUUCUCUGACCUCAUCAGAAAACCAAAAAAUUCAACACUCACAAAAUCUAACUUCUCAAACAGAUUUCGAGCCAAUUCAAAAAUCCUAUAUAGGUCAUAGAGUUCAACAUAUUCAUCUACCUAAGAUCAAGGAUCAGAACUACACUGCCAGGUUCCUUAGCAAGAGGCUCUCCUGCAUCAGUACCGGGAGUUCUCCUGAUGAAAAUAAUAUUGGGCCUGAUGCUGAGAGAAAUAUUCCAUCAUCUUUUGAUAAUGCAGGUAUUGAAAAAGUCCCUAAAAGCUUCUUUAAUGAUCCAAGUAAAAUGAGCGGGACUCAUGAAGAACUUCACUCUUUUAAAAAUCAAAGGAAGAGUCUGAAUGAAACUAUAAUGAAAAUAAAAUUUGUUGCUAGCAAGAAGCCUGAAAGGGACAAUUCGAGAGAUACUAUGGGCCAAAUUAAAGGUUACUCCUCUGUAAUACCUCCUAAGAAAUCAUAUCCCCAAAGAUCUAAUCCAAUGGAUUACUUGAAAAAAUCAAGGCAAAGGUUUCCUCAAAUUGUAAACAUGAAGAUGAGUCCAUCUGAGGGCUGCCAAACUGAAAGUGCAAUGCUUCAUCUUAGGAAAUAGUUCAAAUACUGUUGCUCUGAAACCUAAAAACAUUGGUUACUUUCAUGCAGCCAAAGUUUCCUUAGACGGAAAUAGAAAUUUUCAGAGAAAGCGAAAUUACAGUAGGAAGACAGACAAUUCUGUCAUGUCGACUAAAACUGUCAUUAGGAAGAUUCAUGAAGAUACUAAUAAAAUGAAGCUGACUAAUAGUCUUUCAGACCACAACCUGAAGGCUAGAGAGAAAAAUACUGCAAAUAAUUCUGAUAAAAUGUUGGGGUUUCUGGAUUUUAAAGAUUCCAAGAAGAAAGGAAUCUCUAUUAAACAUGGAGGAUUCAGCAGAGCUGGGCUUAACCUUUAUAAUUCCGAGAAGCCAAACCAAGAUAGAUUUAUUUCAUCAAUAAACCUCUUACUUUCUCAGAAAAAGGGGUUUAAUAUUCACUUAAAUGAGGCUCCGAAAUAUUCUUCCAAUAACAAAAUUGAUAUAUUCGGAGUAUUUGAUGGCCAUGGAGUAAAUGGCCAUCUUGUUAGUGAAUAUGUGAAGGAAAAACUUCCCAAUUUAAUUAGGAAAAACCUAAUCAACAGCAAAAAUCCGAUUGACCAAGUUAUCACUGACUGUGUAGAGAAGAUAGAUAACAAUUUACUCAAAUAGUCAAAUUGAAAGUAACUACAGUGGAACAACAUGAGUCUUUGGUAUAAUCAAAGACUGCACAGAGGGUGAUGAAGUUUGAAAGAAGUUGUUCCUUGCAAAUACUGGAGAUUCAAGAGCUCUUUUCUGUAACUUUCAAAAAGUUAAUAUUCUCAAGGAAAAUUCAGAGAUUUCAAAAAGUACUGAGUGAAGCAAAAGAAGAGAUGGCAUAUCCAAAAUCUUGUCAGGUCGCAAAUCAGUGAAAAUCCAUAUUGAGACCACAGUUGAUCACAACUGAGAAAACCAAAAAGAAAGCGACAGAAUCAUUAACAGUGGGGGUGUUGUCAGACAAGCAUAUAAUCAAGGACCGUUAAGAGUCUGGAACGAGGGUCAAAAUGAGCCAGGAGUUGCAAUGACAAGGUCUAUAGGAGAUCAUAUUGGCAAAGGAGAUAAUGGCUGAGGAUUAACAUCCACUCCUGAUAUUUUGACAUUUGAUAUUCCAGACUCCAGAUCUACCCUCAUUCUAGCAAGUGAUGGAAUUUAUGAUGUCUUCACUAAUGAUAGUUUGGCUGAUUAUGUCUGGAAACUUCGAGCAAAACCAGCAGAAUCUGUUGCAAAAAUAAUAGUCAAUGAAGCAUACGAAAGGUGGAAAACUAAAGAUAGCAAUAUAGAUGACUGCACUUGAGUGGUUGUUUAUCUGACUCCUCAGGAAUAA